CACACACAUACGCACGCACACGCACACACACACACGCACGCACGCACUGAGCAGUCCGGCGUUGCCCCUAAAAGCAAAGAGGCGAAACAUGCUAAUCACUACUAUCAGCACCAGCACAGGCACCGCACCUCGCAGCGCGCUCUCGCUCCGUCCCCCACUGACUCCUGGAUCGCGCCUCGCUCCUGAAACUCUGCUCCGUGUCGCUAAAAUAAGCUCGUGCAGCCAUGCCGGAGGCAGGAAAACAGGAGGAGCGGUAUUUUUAGCGCCGUGCGCUGCGCACCACGUGCCCCCGAGGUAAACCGGAUGGCCACCGCGCGAAGGUCGCUCGGCAGUAUGGUCCGCGAGGCCAGCGCGCGCUGGCCGCUCGCCGCCGCCGCCGCCGCGCUCUUCCUCGGCUUGCUGACCGGGAUCGGGCCGCCCGGCGUCAGCGCCACCAACGGGACCUGGCCCGAGCGCCGCUGGGAGAGCCUGCUGUCGCGCUCCGUCCUGGCCAUCUCGGGCGAGAGAGCGGACACGAGCUGGGAGAACGACUAUUUGCUGGGCAUCAAGCGCGUGCGGCGGCUCUACUGCAACGUGGGCAUCGGGUUUCACCUGCAGGUCCUCCCAGAUGGCCGGAUCAGCGGCGUGCACGACGAGAAUCAGUACAGUCUGAUCGAAAUUUCGGCGGUCGAGCGCGGCGUGGUGAGUCUGUACGGCGUCAAGAGCGAGCUGUUCGUCGCCAUGAACAGCCGAGGAAGACUCUACGGCACGCCCACCUUCAAACACGAGUGCAAGUUCAAGGAGAGCUUGCUGCCAAAUAACUACAAUGCCUACGAGUCGUUCGUUUACAAGGGAUUCUAUAUCGCUCUCAGCAAACACGGCAGAGUGAAGAGAGGCAACAAGGCCAGCACGUCCAUGACGGUCACUCACUUCCUCCCUCGAAUAUGAGCAAGACUGGCAGGGGCUCUCUCGUUUUGCACAUGUGGUUUGCUCUCCAGCAUGGGAGACGAUGAAUAUAGUACAGUACCCACCAAAAAGAGACUGCGAGAAUACUACUCUGAUAAUAUUUAUUGUAACUUUAUAUAUGUAUAUUUGGA